CUGUUCGCUGGGUCGAUGGCGACUCAUACAUCCUCGACAAUCCCGACCCUCGAUUCUGCCCAUGGCCGGAAUGCAGGAUUCAUUUGAGAAGACGAACAGACGCGACUGCGUCAUAUCCUGGAGUACCACGGGUCCUUCGCGACGUACCGUUGCCUAGUCUGCCACCGGGAGGUAUCAUGGGUGAACCGCAGCAUGAGGAGAUGCUGAUUCAUGUUCACCGUAGACAGGCAGGGAAAACCCCAGUACGUCGACCUACUUACGGCACGUCAGCCCGGAUCCCAGAGCCCACGUUUCCGCAGUGCGUCUUCGCGAUGCCCACAGGACGCAUCAAUGAGAUGCGCCACUGACACGCAUCACGACGUCGACCAUAGGAUAUCCAGUCAUAGCAUCCGGCACGGGGACAGCGCGAAGUGCGGCAUGAGAAAGCAUGUAAACGGCUUUCUCACGAAUAUUCCUAGUAAGCUUCACAACACAUCGACGAGGCGGCUCGGCCAACCUGACUGGAGCCUAACAGCUUCCCGCAAACUUCCUUUCCAACCCUGCUGCCGCCUCCGGCCCCCCUACCUGGUAGCCGUCUAUCAGCUCGUCGUACCCCGUAGCCGUGACGGGCACGACAAUGGUCGUUCGGAUGACCUAGACGAUUUUGACAAAAUAGAGGGUAUUACUUCGGUCCCCACCCCUACGGAAGAUGACCUCGACACUUAUAAGUACACAGCUUGCGUUGGUCUCAACAUUGAUCGCUCCCUUCGUGGCCACAGAACCCUAUACCGCCUGCCCCUCGACCCUUUGUGCCUAUGGCUUCCGCGACUGGAGAUCACGGCCACACGCUCUGUGCCUAUCCACUUCAACGCGCAAAACACCCUCCCAGUCCUGCAGCAGCGCCCGGUCGUCCCGCCCACCGCCCUGCAACCUACCUUCACCUUCUCGUACCCCAUACCCGGCAGAGUCACGGCCACCAACGUAGGGCACGCGCACCACUUCCCUCCCUACUAUGGUUAUGGUGAUCCACCGGCUCCUGUGGCCGCGGGGCCUUCCACCAUGACCACCACAACCUCAGUGGCCCGCCCUUCAAGGGGGAGACGUAUCGAAUCUCCGGCCUCCAGGCCCGAGUCUGUGGCCAUGCCUACGACGAACCCCGCGACAUCCGACGACAUUGAACCUUCGCUGUACACGGUCAAUCGUAAAUACGAAGCAAGGCUACGACGUCACCUCCAAGUGACUCACUCACGCCCCGACGGCAGCAGUAUUUUGGACAGCGCGGAGACAAUGAGGGAGAGGAGCAUGGUGGCACACGUGAAAUUAUGUCGGAAGCAACAGGCCAAAAAUGGAGCUAAGCCUCACGCAGAGAUGUCAACGCCGGACGAUUCGGAUCACAACGAACGCCCCGACUCGGAACCCUCCAGCAGCUCAACCACCUCUCCGGUCACAGCGCCUGCUGUGUCCUGUGACGCUCAUACAGGCUCCUUCGGGCUGCAGCCACCAUCGAGAUGCGGGCGUAUGACCUCUGACAGCCAGGUGGGGCUGAGCCAGGGCGGGGGGAUGGACGACCUCAACCGAGGCUCCAACGGUGCCAUGCACGACACCGUAGGCGUCGACGAGCAACACUAUAUCACGGCGGGCGCACCCACGAUGCGGACUCCUGACCCACCGCUGUUCAGCCUUCCCGCCCCGGGCCCUGACGUGCUCGAGGAGUUCUUGAGUAAUCUUUUCCCGGAGGAAGACACGUACGAAGCCUCGCUGACGGUUUCCCGCAGGCCGCCUCCGCGCGAGAGCACAACUUGCAUAUACCACCUAUCCCGCUUGGAUGGUAUCUUCUUCGUCAACGGGCCCUCCGCCUCCGAGGGCGCCCACUUGCUCGAUGGUGCCGUGGAGACUGAACGAGCCCCUCGCCUGUUAAACGUUUGCGUGCUCUUUGUUCGGCACGGGCGCCUAUCUUUCUUGGAUCCCGCCCAACUUGGCUUGGCUGCGCCGCCUGAAUCUUCCCUCCCAGCGAUCUACGCGUCUCGCGUGAUCGACAGCCAUAGAUUUUGGGACGGAAACGUUCGAUACUAUGCCCACCUCCUAUAUCCAGUCAGAACCUUGUCUGUGCCUGCGUGCAUUCCUGUCACCGUUCGACUUUUGUCGCUGCUCAUUGGACUCGGGAGUACUAGUACUUACCGCGAGUCUGCCGUCCCGUGUUCACGACAGCCUGAGGAGAAAGAGGGCACGGCGAAACGCAGUCAGAUAUAUGCAUACAUGCGGGACGCAGCAACGAGUUGA